GAGCUGCUCUGACAGGAGUCAUAAGCGGAAGACAUGGGGACCUACAAGCUAAAGAUUGCAACAGGGACUGACCUAAGUGCUGGGACCUGUGAUCAAGUCUCUAUUGUUUUUGUGGGAGUCCUGGGAGAAAGUGCUAAACAUCAUCUGAAUCAUAAGUGGAGUAACUUCAGACCUGGAGCUGUUACAGACUUUACCUUCAAGAGCAAAACAAAGACAAAAGUGGCCAGUAAAAUAUACACUACCGUCUGCUGUCAGUGGCGAAUAGCUACUGACCAAUAUGCCCUGAGGGAAUUUGUUCCAGAAAUCGGUGCAUUACUGAUGACUUUGAAGUCGACACUGAGAGAUCUUGGAGAGCUCCUGCUGAUCCGGCUAUCAACAAUGACUUACAAGGGUUUUAAUGCAGUUGCUUGGUACUGCCAGUAUGUCAAUGUGACCUGCCCUAAUGGUCGGUGCUACCAGUUCCCUUUUUAUCAAUGGUUACCUAGUGGAAUGACCGUAGAGAUACCAGAGGGAAAGGGCAUUAUAUUAUCUGGGAAUACGCACCCUAUUCUUCAGCAACAACGGAGAUCGGAACUGGAGAAGGAGAGAGAAACUCACAAGUGGAAAUGUUAUGUGGAAGGUGUCCCACACUGCAUUGAUGUAGACAAGGUUGAGGAUCUUCCUGGUGAUGACCGGUACACCUUCUUAAAACUGAGCAGCUUAAACUACUCCAAGACGACCACGGGACUUGCAAUGAUGCAGGAAGGUUCCACAGGUGCAGAAUCAUGGACAGAUCUAGAUGAUAUCAAACUGGUCUUCUGCCUGAGAGGGUUUGAUAACUCUGAUGUGGUGGCUGAGAUAUGGAAGGAGGAUUACUUCUUUGGUAGUCAAUAUCUAAAUGGAAUUAAUCCUACCCAAAUCAAGAAAUGCUCCAAAAUCCUGGAGAACUUUCCAGUUAGUGACAACAUGGUGGCUGCAUCUCUGGGGACCACCACCAGUCUUCAGCAAGAACUAAAGAAAGGCAACAUCUUCCUGGCAGACUACAAGAUUCUGCAGGGGAUCCCAGCCAAUAAAUCCAUAAAUGGAAAGCAACAAUACAUUGCUGCCCCUAUAUGUCUAUUGUGGAAAACGCAUCAAGAUCAACUUAUCCCAAUAGCCAUCCAAUUGGCUCAAACCCCAGGGGAGAGUACUCCAAUCUUCCUGCCCAGUGACUCUGAAUAUGACUGGUUGCUGGCCAAGAUAUGGGUCCGCAAUUCUGACUACCAGGUGCAUCAAGUGGACAUCCACUUUCUCCGCACUCAUCUCUUUGCUGAGGUCUUCAACAUUGCAACCACAAGACAACUUCCAAUGAGCCACCCAGUGUACAAGCUACUUAUUCCACAUCUUCGUUACACCCUUGAGAUCAAUGUCCGUGCCAGAUCUCUUCUCAUUGGUCCCAGGGGUCUCUUUGAUCAGGCUGCAUCAACUGGAAAUGGCGGGGUUCCGAUACUGUUGAGAAAAGCGAUGGAUGAGGUCACUUACAGAAGCCUCUGUCUGCCUGAUGACAUCCAGGCAAGAGGAGUGGAGAGCAUUCCCAAUUACCUGUACAGGGACGAUGGGAUGGAGAUCUGGUUGGCUGUGGAGAGCUUUGUAUCCAACAUUGUAAAUUACUACUAUGAGUGUGAUGCAGUUGUUGGUACAGAUCCAGAACUCCAGGCCUGGAUGGCAGAGAUUUCCAAAGAAGGUUUCUUGGAGUCUAAUUCUACAGGAAUGCCAUCAUCCUUGAAGACAAAGGCCUGUUUGAUUAAAUACCUGACCAUGGUGAUCUUUACUUGUUCUGCUCAGCAUGCAGCUGUCAACAGUUUUCAGUCUGAUUUCUAUACCUGGAUGCCUAAUGGUCCCCCAUCAAUGAGAAGUCCCCCUGCCACAGUAAAAGGGGUCAGCACAAUCCAGAGUAUCCUGGCUGCACUGCCUGAAGUAAACACUACCAGUUUGGGCAUAUCCACUGUGUGGCUGCUCAGUAAAGAGCCAUUGGACCGGAGAUGUCUGGGAGAUUACCCCAAUGUGCGUUUUACAGAGGAGGUUCCUCAGACAUUCAUAAAGAAUUUCCAGGAGAAGCUGGCUAAGAUCUCUCAUUCCAUUAAAGGGCGGAACAAGAGCAUGAAUUUGCCAUAUCCCUACUUGGACCCGAGUGUGAUUGAGAACAGUGUCUCGGUAUAACAUGACUAGUGGCAUUGGAUCUACUGACUGCCUGAAUUUGCUACUAGUUUAUCAUGUCCUCAUUUGCCCUCUCAGUCUGUUUUGGGCUGGGACUAGACUAUGUAAAUACUAAAUAUAGUGGUUUCAAGCUCAUUGUCAAAUAUUUGUAAUUAAACA